CAUUAAUGUAAAUAAAGUUUCACAAUGGUUUUUGAAAGUAGCAAUCGGCAAGAGUUGGUUUUUAAAAUUCGGUACGAAAGUGUUUGCCUAUAAAGGCAAGUGUACAGUUAAAUUUAAAGUUUACUAUUAUAAUACUAAUUUGUUGCCAGUCUGCACUAUUUUGGACUAUUCAAGAAAGGUUUUAAAUUUCAUUCUUACGGAAAAUAGCGACAUUUUGAAGUUGUAAGAAAACGUACUCAUGUCUUUAACGAAUUCAACUACAACAAAAAAAUUUUACGAUGGCAAUAUUGCCAUUAAAACCAUUGACAACGAUGGACAUUAUAAUAUUGAGCGUCCAAAUCUACAACAAUCACAGCAGCAGCAGCAGCCAACUGCAAUCAAGCAAAAAACGAGCAAUCCUUAUCUGGAGGAACAUCAAAAUCUGCGCGUUUACAACAACGUUGCGUUAGAUGCCGAUAUGGCAACACAUUUGGACAACAUGUCAUCAACAAGUGUGGAUGAUGCGAUGGCCGUCUUGCAACAACAGCACCAAAUUAAAAAAUAUGCCAGUGCUGAAAAGGUUUUGAAUCAUAAUUAUUUGAAUCAGUCGCCAAAGCAGUAUGAGCAGCAACAACAAUCAUUACAGAAAGUGAUGAAGAAAACUAAAACAACGCCACAAAAACAACAAUACAUUGAUACCAACGAAAUGUACCGUAAUUGCAGUUUUAACAGCAACGCAAAUGCCACAAACAAUUUCAGCAACAGCAACAAUCGCAGCUUUAAUAAAAAUGCCGAUGUUGUUGGCAUUAUGCUGAGUGAAGACAAUAACCGCUCUUACUACAAUAAGCAUCGCGGCAGCAGCUGCAGCAUUGCUGAACUACCCGUUAAUAUUGGCAAUCAAAAUGUUGACGUGGCGCCAAGCGAGCGCACGAACAAUUUGGGACUGAGUAAUGUCAGUAAAUCGUUGACAGCGCUCAGCGCUGCGCCACAAGUCGGCAGCAUGGCAUCGAUAAGCAGCGAGCAGCAAUUAUGUCAGCUCUACAAUGCACAGCAGCAUUCCGAUUAUAUAAUAUCCGAUUAUAUGGAAAAGAUAGCGACGCGCAUUAACUUAUUGGAUACAGAGUUGAAAUUUGCCUGGCGUGCGCUCGAUUUGCUAUCCGGUGAGUAUGGCAAGAUCUGGGCGCGUUUGGAGAAACUCGAGAAGAUCUCGUUUGAGCAGCAGUCCGUGGUGAACAAUUUAAUCGGUUUAAUAGCACUCAAAGAGGAACAACAACAGGGCAAACAACAGCAAGCAAAACAGCAACAACAAGGAGCUGAAUGUGCGCCACAUUUAAGCUUCAUCGAUACUACCAAAGCAGCCGAACAACAAAAGCUCACGACAUACGAUUACCUACUGCAAGAUGAGCAACUAUUUCUAACGAAUUUAGUUGAAGCCGAACAACGUGCGUUGCUGUUGAACGAUUCAGCCACGGCGCUACUGCAAGAUAUCGGCAUGGAAUGCACAACGAAGCAAUACAACAACUUAUUGCAAGAGCUCAAAAACGACACGCUAGACGCACUGGAUGCCGUACGCAUAGACGGCGAAUUGGAUGCGCUCGACAAGCUAUUGCAGCAACAAACGAAUAAUAUAUACGACACUGGCGAACUGAAUGCCGUGCAUAAUCACAUACUACAAGCGGCAGAAGUGGAACGUGAACGCGAACGCGAAUAUGAGCUGAAACUCGCUGAAUUGGGUGCUGAAGAGAGUGCGGCCGCACGUAAUUUGAGUGGCUCCUUGGUGAGUACACGACAGGGACUCAGUAAACAAAAGUUAACAGCGUUGUUAACGGACGAAAAGACAACCGCACAUUUAAGCUUUCUCGACACUUCCAAAGUCGCCGACACCGAUCUACUGCAGUACGAUCAACAAGAAAUGCUGGCAAACGAUGCCAAAAAAGAGCUGUUGCAGGAGUUUCUUUACAGUCGCAAACUUUUGGGGCAACUUGCGCAGCCAGCGCGUGUUAAUAGUUUCGAGCAAUAUAAGAGAACUAGUAAUUCCGCCAGCAAUGUGACGGGCAGCAUGCGUGAUUUGUCGAUAUUGGAUGAUGGCAUAUUUGUGGCGCCGCCGCAGCCGACGGCGACGGCCACAACAAGCGAGUCGAAUGCGACACUAACACUAAUGAUCCCGGAGAUUUAUCGCGCUGAGGCUUAUGAUUUAGUCGAGAAGAAUGACUUGGAUAAUAUGCGUGAUGUGCGCGAUAUGCGUGAUAUGGACAUUAAUACUUUCAUUGCCCAGGCGAAGUUUUUUCGGCAAGCGGCCUCUAAGCAAGACGACGUGCUACAAGCGGCUGUGCCCAUAGAGGAUACGGGCGGCACAAUGUCGUCACUUGAUUUACGAAACAGUGGUGAAGUGAAUGAAGAUUUCUACAAAACACUCAAUGAGGCGUAUCGUGACAAUGCGCUGUGCAACGAAAUUUCAAAUGUUGAAUCCUUAAUGCAGCAGUCGGAGGCCACAACUGAGCAUAUACUGAGCGGUUUGGGUACGCGUAGCAAUUCUGCUUUGGAUAUAAUACGCGAGGAUAAUGAGGAGAACGGCGGUAUAGUUUCGGAAGGCGAUCUAACGAACUCACAGUUACUUGCAAUAACAGUUACUAACAAAACUUGCACAAAUAUCACAACAACGACAACUGAUGCAACAAAUAUGAGGAGUACAACAACAAUGAAAACGCCCAAAACCAAUGAAUCGAAAAAACAUAAGAAGAAGAAGCAACACAAAGACGAAAUGGAAAUGUUGAAUAAUCUGAAGUGCGCACUGGCGCAGGCUGCUGUCGCGCAUACAACCAGUGCUGAAUUGCAAGUCACUAAGCCGACGCCAACAUACAGCAGUUGUCUAUACAACAUUGACUACAAUAACGCCAAUAACAUUGAACAACGCUCAACCGCUUCAUCGUCGGAGGAUGAGAAACAACAGGAUACGCCGGCGCAUUACUUGCAACAGUUAAAUACGGAUAAGACCAUGCUGCUCGACAGCACCAGCGAGAUUCUGCUAAUGGAGAUCAACAAGAUACAGGAUCUGCAAGUAUUGAGCGCUGCACAAAUACACAAACUGCGCACAGUGGUGAAGAGAGAGCAACACUUUUUUGAGAAAAUACACCAAGUGAAUAAGAAUCUGUUAUUGCUGCUGCUGAAUCCCAUCACAAUGGGCGAGGAGCUGCACGCGCUUGGCAAUGAUAAAGCGCGCAAAUUUGAAAUAGUUAUGCAGAAAUUAGAACGAAAUAUAGAUACGCUGAAGAAACUAGUUGGCAACUCCUUUGACGACUAUCGACGCAAGUACUUGAGCGACGCUGAAUUGGUGCUGAUGAAAGCAAACGAUAAUAAUAUGAUUGAAGAAAACAAAGUGGUAGAAGAAGCGACACCUAACAGCGCAAUAGCGCCGAAAAAACUGAAAAAGUCUGAGAAAAUGAGAAAGAACGCGACAAAACGCACGAAAGCGCAUAUUUUCGACGACGCAGCAACACUGCACACAGCUAAACAUAUAGUGAAUAAUAGCAGCGAAUGCAGCAACGCGCAUUUUGACUAUAGCGCACACUUGUUGCGCAACAAUUCCAAUUUGGAUGAGCAGCUCAAGAUUUUAGAGUGUCAAGAGCAUGAGAUGCGGCUUAAGAAACUGGGUUCCAACGAUCACAUAAACACGAAAAGCGCUUACAACAGCACAGACAAUUAUUUGUCGGACAUGGAUGCGGAUUUGGAGCGCAUGCUGUUGCAAACCACAAAAGCCACACCUACCAGCCAAGUCAACACAUUGGGACGCGCCACUUCGGUGGCCACACUCUACAAUAAUGAUGAGUACAUCAAGUCGCUCAAGCGUAGUCUGGAGCGUCACAAUAGCAUGCUCUUUCUACUACAUUUGCAACAUCCGGAAUAUCAACACAAUAAGACAAAUGCAUAUGAAGACAUUUUGGCUGUCGACAUUGAUGGCAUACUCUUAGCUGGUGUUGGUGGCACACAAAGCCCGCCACCGCCCGCACCGUAUGACGACGAUAAUGCGAACAACUCAGGUACUGAUAACGAUAAUGAUAAUGAUAUCGAUAACAUUGAUGCGCAUAAAAAAUCGUCUGUAAAUGUGUCCGUGUCAUUGAUGAGCGUUUUGAAUCCAUUUCAUACACAUACAGCACAAACAAAGUCCGAUUUUGGUCUAGCAACUUCAAGCAGUCUGUCUGCAAACUGGCAGAAAUCGCACAACUCUACAUUAAGCGGUGUUGCUGACAGUACUAAGGCUGAACUAUACAAUCCAUUUAUUAACAAGUAUAUGAGCAUGCAGCUACUUAUGCCGGAGGAAAUGGAAGCGGUCAAUAAUGGUGGUACCAAAUUUUGGUUGCCCGCUGAACUGGAUGUGGAUAACGGCGAUAUGUUAUUAAACUUUGCUAGUGGCAGUGAAACAGCGCUAGCGACUACAACACGCGCCGUUACCAUAGCAACUGCUAACUCUGUGAUACCAACAAUAAUUAGUACAACGAUUGCCACAUUCUCUAACACGGACGAUAAACUAAAGCAAAAACAUAAUAUACAACAAGCCACAUUGACGACGGAAAAUAAUUACUUGCUUAAUGAGGAGAAUUUAAACUAUAUACGCGAGUUGUCGAAAAAUAUGCCUAUUUGUUCAGUGUACGAGAACAAGUCGAUUUUCAAUAAACUCAAAGAUGACGCCAUGGGCGAACAUAUACGCACGGUCGAUGAGAUGCUUGAAUGGGAUCACCGACAGGCACAACGGCAGACCCCUAAACGUCAACACCAUACCAAUGCAACGCAUACAUUGGGUGAACAAAAUCGACGCAUGCCCGAUCUUUUGCGCACACCGGCUUACCCAACUAGCUACGAAGCGACUAGAAGUUACAAAGCAGCUAGAAGUACUGCUGCUGAAAGGACAGAAGGUGAAUCAGCGCAAACAACACGUAAACGUCAACUCACCGACCGUCUCGUUUAUUAUCCCACAUCUACUGUUAUUGCGGAUAACCAAAAUUUUUUGCCUAAAACUCAUUUCGACUACAAUUGUCAACACCAAUAUGCGCAGCAACCAAAGCUGCAGCAAAUGCCAUAUAAACAUGGCUUUAGUUGCUUGGCGCCAUCCGAUUUGUCCGAUGGAUCCAUAAAAAAGGCGCCGCACCACUCAGCAGCGAACACGCAUGAAAUAUACAAACAGCAGACAUUGAGGAAGAACCAUUUGAACGAUACGCGCAGUUAUGUGUACUCCGCGCACCAAUCCACCGCUGUGGAAAUCUCCAGCGCUUUAGAUAUGGCCAACCACCACACACUAAAUGGGGCACCGGCGGCACAAGCCAUCGAUAUAAUGGCGGCUACAGCGUCGACCGAGGGCGUUGGUUUAAGUGGUAGCGAACAAACAUUGCGCACUACUACGAAAGUUUGGAAUAAAUUUACGCACUUAUUGCCGGAGCAUUUAAAAUUGAAGCGCACAUUCCGUUAUGGACGUUCGCGCUCAUUACCCACGGGCCAUGAUGAUUACGCCGCAAAAGAUAAGCGACACUUGCAGAGUAGUCAAGAUGAUUGUUACCCGCCAGUUGCUGGACAGAAUUUCUCACAUGCGCAUGCUGGUUUUAAUAGCGGAGAUGCGGGUUUGUAUAAGGGGGGGACUACAACAACAAACUGGCAACAACAGCCACAACGUGUUAGUAAACAUUUUGAUUUCUCGAAACGCGCCCAUAAAUUGCCUACGCAGCUGAUGCAGCGUGCUACGCAUCCAGGUGCACGCAUCGUUGCUAGCACCACUACAUCUGCUGCUAACGGUUUACACAGCGUUGAUAUAGGUAAACACAAGCCUGCAGCCGGUAAGUGCAGCCAAAAGAAACGUUCCAGAUUCGCAACGACGGUGAAUAAUUUCAUGCAGAAAGCGAAAACCGGCUACAGGCGUCACAGUUUUGUAGCGCGUGGCUCAGGCGCUAUGUCCAUGCCAUAUAGCGUAUCGGAUACCGAAGCGGAUCUACCAAGUUUCACUUCUUCGGACAAUGAAGGCUCCGUAGUUAGUGAUAUUGGUAAUUUGAGUACAUAUUCAACGGAGACUGAAGAACGUGACGUCGAAUGUGAUACUGUGGCAUAUGAUGAGUAUAGAAUGCAACAACAACCAUACGAUAUGAAAUUUUUUAGUAAACAGUUUGAAGCCAACAUAGCUGAUGACGAAGCAGGUUAUGAGCAAGCUGUGCGCACUGAUGCCGACACUAGUGGCUUGCGUAAACUAGCGCAUGUUGAAGACGACGAAGAAGUUGAUAUAACUGAAGAGAAUGAAAAUGAAGAGAAUGCAACAAAUGAUAAGCAUGAUUUAAGUCCACAGUUUACACAUGUUAGUCACAAGCAUGGCAGGGUUACUGGAGCUGAAGAAGAGAAAGACAACCCAUUUACAAACCCUAGUAACUUAGGUACAUUAACGGGAGUUGAAACAAAACCAUACGACGUAGUAAACGAUUACGUUUUAACAAAAACUGAAAAAGUUGCGCACUUUGAAUUUGCAAAAACUCCGAAAGAAAGGAGUUCAACCAUUGCCGUGGAACACGUUAAUAAUGGUGUUAGCAAUGAGCCAGACGCAUUACCGUCAAUAGCUGUAACAACCGCCGAUGACACACGCCUACCGCUGCUGAUCACAGAACAAUAUAUGGACGUUGAACAGUCAAAUCUGUGUGGAUCCGCAGGCAUGGAGCAUAAGUUCAGUGAACCUCAAAUGUUGACCGCACAACAGUCGCUCGAUGUGCCUGGUGGUUUAACGGAAGAGGACGACAAUCGCAGUCAGCAUUCCUAUCGCACGUUGUCAUCGUCGCGUCGUCAAAGCACCGAGGAUAGCAUUGAUACAGAUGAUGAGUACUUUUGUUAUGAGCUAAGACAGUUGGAGGAAUUGGAACAACAACGCAAAGUUGACUACUUGGACAAAGGUGAUAAGCAGUUAACGGUGGAUACACCGCUGGUUGAUAAUGUACAAUUGUUUUCGCAAAUCGAUCAGUUGGCCAUGAAGACUACAAGUGGAUUUUAUAAUACGCAACAAACAAAUAUAUGCGCAACAUUCGAUACUGACAAUCUGGAUGUCCUGAACAAUGAUGACAAAGUACCAGAUGAAACCGUGAAACGGCUCAUGUCCGAAGUCUUGAGAGAGCUGAAAUACGUGGUCAAGCAAAUACCAGCAAUAGACAAUGAGCGCGCGGAGACAACGUUUAAAGUGGUGACAACGAAAGCAUCUCGCGGCGCUUCAACGAAAUCGUCCGGUUCAAGUAACUACGAACGUGUGACAAAAGUGACGGAUUUGCAUAGCGCUUGGCAGGAUGUCAAUGCCGAUGAUUCACAACAUGAUUAUUCCGACCUAGAUGCUGAGGAACCCGCUGUUGUAGAGACAGGCAACAGUGAAACUAUGGAGGGUGGUACAUUUGAGUGUGUUGCUGAUGAGGCACGUAAUGAUUUCGCAAAAUGUCAUAAUCCGCAACAGCGCCAGCCACUACAGAAAACGUCAACGGUUAAUGGGGAACGUGUAGCACAACAUAAGCGCUUUCGCAAGAGACGUGAUCGCCGUCGUAUGAACGAUACUUACAACGAUAAAGACAACGAUGCAACCAAUCAUGACAUGCAGCAUCAGUACACAAGCUCUUCAUAUUCCUCCGAAGAAGAGGCGGUCAUUGCAAACAAAACGCAUAAAGAGAAGGCAAAAACGGCGCAUGGCCGCGUUAGUAGUGGCAGCGAUAAGCACAAGCGGACAAGCACAGCUAAAAAUACAACAAAUGAGAACGAAACGCCAAAUGACGUGUUGUCAGCUGUUGUAUCGAAUGUGUUGAAUGAAGACAUUUUUGCUGUUGUCAACGACGAUGAUGACGUCAUAAAUGCGAGUAUGUCAUCUGGUGCCACACUUGGUCCAGAUACACCAGCUGAACUAAGUGAGGAACUGGACGACGACCAGCAUAUACAAAAGACGGUGCCAUCAUAUCAAGCUUUUAAAUGCAAUCAAGAAACCACUGAAGGGUAUAAUGAGAGCGUGCAUGUGGACAAACAACAUUUGCAUAAUGUUGAAGAUAAACAUGCAAGUGAUCAAAUUGAGCAUGUAACCUCGCCAAUCGUUGAACAACUGCCUGAGCAUUUAAAUGAAUGUGAGCAAGAUACACACGUAAUGAAAUUGGAGAAACUUCUUUUAAGCCAUGAUUCCAGCGUUGAGGGUGGUGGUACGCAAGGCACGAAUAACAAUGCAUCGGUUCUUGGCAGUAGCAAAUGGAAACUGCUGAAAACGCUGAAAGAGCGCAAAAUAGAGGAAAAAAAUUAUCAAGAUAAAGCUAAAGAUGAUGAGCUCAGUAAAGAACGUGAAAAGAAUGGCAGUGGAUCAGGAGAUAUUGGCAUACGGGGUAGCGGACACCCGGGAGAUAAUCCAUUCUACAGUAACAUUGACAGUAUGCCGGAUAUACGUCCACGUCGGAAAUCCAUACCGCUCGUUUCAGAACUUACAAUGGCCGCUACCAAGCGCAAUGCCGGACUGACAUCAGCCGUACCACGCGCAACACUGAAUGACGAAGAACUGAAAAUGCAUGUUUACAAAAAGGCACUGCAAGCCUUGAUUUACCCAAUUUCAUCGACAACGCCACAUAAUUUUGUGCUGUGGACAGCAACAUCACCCACCUACUGCUACGAAUGUGAGGGCCUGUUAUGGGGUAUCGCACGACAAGGAGUACGCUGCACAGAGUGUGGUGUAAAAUGCCAUGAAAAAUGCAAGGAUCUGCUAAAUGCUGACUGCCUGCAACGAGCCGCUGAGAAGAGCUCAAAGCAUGGUGCUGAAGAUAAAGCUAAUUCGAUUAUAACGGCCAUGAAGGAUCGUAUGAAGCAGCGUGAACGCGAAAAGCCCGAGAUUUUUGAAUUAAUACGUGCGGUAUUCAGCGUAGAAGAAAAAAGUCACACAGGUCACAUGAAGGCGGUUAAACAAAGCGUUUUGGACGGUACUAGCAAGUGGUCGGCUAAAAUUGCAAUUACAGUGAUAUGUGCUCAAGGCCUGAUAGCGAAGGAUAAAAGCGGUACCAGUGAUCCCUAUGUGACGGUGCAAGUUAGCAAGGUGAAAAAGCGUACACGUACAAUGCCACAGGAGUUAAAUCCUGUGUGGAAUGAGAAGUUUCACUUCGAGUGUCACAACUCAUCGGAUCGGAUAAAGGUGCGCGUCUGGGAUGAGGACAAUGAUCUGAAAUCGAAAUUGCGUCAGAAGUUAACACGCGAAUCGGAUGACUUUCUGGGUCAGACCAUCAUCGAAGUGCGCACACUGUCCGGUGAAAUGGAUGUUUGGUAUAAUCUGGAGAAACGCACAGACAAAUCAGCGGUAUCGGGCGCCAUACGCUUACACAUUUCGGUAGAAAUUAAAGGCGAGGAAAAGGUCGCACCAUAUCAUGUACAAUACACAUGUUUGCAUGAGAACAUUUUUCAUUAUUUAUGCGAAGAGAACGGCGGUAUGGUAAAAUUACCACAACAGAAGGGCGAUGAUGCUUGGAAGCUUUAUUUUGACGAAAUUCCCGAGGAAAUCGUUGACGAGUUCGCUAUGCGCUACGGCAUUGAGAAUAUAUACCAAGCAAUGACGCACUUUCACUGUCUAUCCACUAAAUAUUUAUGCCCUGGCGUGCCGGCUGUAAUGAGCACGUUAUUAGCGAACAUUAAUGCAUAUUAUGCGCAUACAACGGCAUCGUCCGCCGUAUCCGCAAGUGAUCGAUUCGCCGCUAGUAACUUUGGUAAAGAAAAGUUCGUCAAACUAUUGGAUCAACUACACAACUCACUGCGCAUUGAUCUCUCGAUGUAUCGCAACAAUUUCCCAGCGUCUAGCCAAGAGAAACUAAUGGACCUCAAGUCAACGGUUGAUCUGUUGACCAGCAUCACGUUUUUCCGCAUGAAGGUUCAAGAACUUUCUAGUCCACCACGCGCGAGUACGGUGGUCAAGGAUUGCGUAAAGGCUUGUCUUAGAUCCACCUAUCAAUUCCUCUUCGAAAAUUGUUAUGAACUCUAUAACAGGGAAUUUCAGGUGGAUCCAAACGAAGCAAAACGUGACUCUGACGACCAUGGUCCUAAAUUGGAUAACGUUGACUUCUGGCAUAAGCUAAUCGCCUUAAUUGUGUCCGUGAUCGACGAGGAUAAAAAUAGUUAUGGUACCGUACUGAAUCAGUUUCCACAGGAAUUGAAUAUUGGGCAGCUUUCUGCCGCGACGAUGUGGAGUUUAUUUGCGGUCGAUAUGAAGUACGCAUUAGAGGAACACGAACAGCAUCGUCUUUGUAAAUCAUCGGCAUAUAUGAAUCUACAUUUUCGCGUGAAAUGGCUUUACAGCAAUUAUGUGAAAGAGGUGCCACCCUAUAAGGGUGCUGUACCCGAAUAUCCUGCCUGGUUUGAGCCGUUCGUGAUGCAAUGGUUGAAUGAGAACGAUGACGUGUCCUUAGAAUAUUUGCAUGGUGCAUUCAAUCGUGAUAAGAAAGAUGGGUUCCAAAAGAGUAGCGAGCAUGCCUUAUUCUCUAACUCAGUUGUCGAUGUGUUUACACAAUUGACGCAGUGUUUCGAUGUUGUUAGCAAACUCGAAUGUCCGGAUCCAGAAAUCUGGAAGCGUUACAUGAGGCGUUUUGCUAAAACAAUCGUAAAAGUACUGAUUGCCUAUGCCGAUAUCGUCAAGAAAGAGUUUCCCGAACAUAUGAAAGAUGAGAGAAUUGCAUGCAUACUCAUGAAUAACAUACAGCAGCUGAGGGUACAAUUAGAAAAAAUGUUCGAAUCAAUGGGUGGCGAUAAAUUGGAGGAAGAUGCGGCGAAUAUACUAAAAGAAUUACAACAAAACCUAAAUAUGGCUUUGGAUGAUCUAGCAUCACAGUUUGCUGUCAGCCUUGAGCCACGCAUUACACAAUCUGUACGCGAACUUGGCGAUCUACUGCUUUCGGUUAAAGGCGGUAAUAAUAUGAAUUUCAAUCAAGCAGCGCAGGGCAAUGCUGUGGCAGUUGAAGCUGAUGAGGUGCUCCGACCACUAAUGGACUUGCUGGAUGGUUCAUUAACACUUUAUGCGCAAUCCUGCGAAAAAACUGUACUGAAAAGAUUGCUCAAGGAGUUAUGGAAAAUUGUGAUGCGUAUACUGGAAAAGACCAUCGUAUUACCGCCAAUGACUGAUAAAAGUAUGAUGUUUAAACAUCUAACUGAUAAUGCUAAGAAUCUUGCUUCGAAUGCCAAAAUUGAAGACAUGGGCAGACUGUUUAAAAGCCACAUGUCUGGUAAACAGGAUGUAAAGAGUGCUCUGAGCGGUGUUAUGGAUAUAUCCAAGGAGGUCGAAAAGAAUUUGUCACCCAAACAAUGUGCUGUAUUAGAUGUUGCCUUAGAUACCAUUAAGCAAUAUUUCCAUGCUGCUGGUAAUGGACUAAAAAAGACAUUUCUGGAGAAAUCGCCAGAGCUACAAAGUUUGCGUUACGCUUUAAGCUUAUACACGCAAAUGACGGACACACUGAUCAAGACGUUUAUCUCCAGCCAAGUGCAUGAAAUUGAUCCGGAAAAUCAGGAGGAAAGUGUUGGCGAAAUCUCGGUGCAAAUUGAUCUCUUCUCGCAUCCUGGCACCGGCGAACAUAAAGUUAAUGUUAAAGUUGUCGCUGCGAAUGAUAUCAAAUGGCAAAUUGCGUCGGGCAUGUUUCGUCCAUUUGUGGAAAUCAAUUUGAUCGGACCACAUUUACAGGAUAGAAAACGUAAAUUCGCAACAAAGUCCAAAUCGAACAAUUGGUCGCCAAAAUACAAUGAAACAUUUAAUUUCACAAUCGGCAAUGAGGAGCAGUUGGAAUUUUUUGAAUUGCAUAUUUGUGUUAAAGACUACUGCUUUGCUAGAGAAGAUCGCCUGGUUGGUGUUGCUGUAAUACCACUAAAAGACAUAUCGGAAAAAGGCUCAGUUGCUUGUUGGUUACCGCUGCAGCGACGUAUACAAAUGGAUGAGACGGGUUGGACGAUUUUACGCAUUUUAUCACAACGUAACAAUGAUGAGGUCGCCAAAGAGUUUGUGAAACUUAAAUCGGAAAUACGUCAGGAACCACUAGUUGGAACAUAACUCUGCUAAAAUAAACGGAAAAAAUGUGCUAUACUGAAUAAAAAAUUGUAUUAACUUAAUUACCAUAUGUAAGCUAAGGGAUACUAUUCAAUGUAAAAAGUAUUAAUUAUUGUACAUGCAUAUACAUAAUUAUAAUAGUAUCGAAAAUAAAUAGUGUGUUAAUAAUAUAAAUUAACUAAUAUAAAAAUAAUAACAAUUUAUGCUACAUACUACAAGCUUACUAGUAUUAUUAUUCAUUUUAUAGACAAAUGCAAACCGUAAACUUUUAUUCUACUGCAUCUUAUCCUAUUACAUACAUAUGACAUUAACGAUAAUAAUCAUUUCUACUAUUAUUAUAAAUAAAUGAUUAUCGAUUGAAAUAACUGCACACUAUUAAAGAAAUAAUAAAAAUAAACAAAAUAAUAAAAACAAAUAAACAUAUAUCAACACAAUAGAAAGAGCAGCCGCAUAUUAUAUAUAUAAUAGCUCAAUUUGUAAGACCUAUAGACGUUUGCAUAUAUACAGUUAGUAAAAAUUUAUGUUUACUAGGCAAGAUUAUGAAUAAUAGACAUGUAGUUACAUUGGGCAACGCUAUAAUUAUAUAUGAAUAUUCUCAUUUAAUCAUCACGUUUUAUACGCAUAACAUUUAGUUUGCGGUUAACAUACUAACAGUAAUUAUAUUGAGGAGUAUGUUGAGGUAUAUAGUAUUGAUCACAUGAAUGGCUCAUUGCACCACAGCUCUAGAGCCGAACCACUUAAUUUUAUUGCUGUAUCUCUCGCCCUCAUACUAAUUAUUCGUUAUUUUCAACAUAAAAACAUAAAUUCAUUUUCAUAACAAACUGAAGGCGUUUGGUGGGUUUCAAACGCUUCGAUAUUUUCAGUAUAACUUCAUUCAAAACAAGUAAAGAAGGUCUAAAUUAUAUGGACCAAUUUCGGCGAUAUUUAGAGGGCCGCUGCCACUCUGAAAAUGCAGUAUUUGUGCAGAGCUCAGUUUCGAUAUCUUCACUAGUGUUUACUUUAUAUAUUGUAAAGUGAACGAUUCAGAUGACUUCAAAGUUCUGGUAUAUGAGAAGUAGGCGAAGUUGUGAAUUGAUUUGAACUACUUUCACACAUAUCAUUGGGGAGCUAGGAAGAUAUUGUGAAUCGAAUUUCAUUGAAAUUAGUUCGAGUACUUUCGGAGAUAUGGAACCACGCCCUUUUAAAAUUCUGUAUGCCAUUUUGAGUGCAGCUCUUCUGUACCGUCUUUAUAAUGAAAUUUAAGGUUUCUUUUAUUUUUCCUUACUGAAUUAAAGCAUUUUAGUAGUUUUCAGCAUAACCUUUGUAUGGGGGGUGGUCGUGGUUAUAAUCCGAUUUCCUCCAUUUUUAUAUAAAUAAGGGAGUACCUAAAAGAAACGCCUCAAGAAAGUUUCCUUGAUAUAGCUUUAGUAGUUUACGAGAUAUGUACAAAAAACUUAGUAGGGGCGGAGCCACGACCACUUCCACAAAAAAAUUACAUCCACGUAUACCCCUUCAUAGUGCGAUGCUUUAUACCAAAACAUGCUUCCAUAGCCUAAUUUAUGGCUUAGUUAGUUAUGCUAUUAUGUUUUCGGUUAUUGUCAUUUUGUGAGCGUGGCAGUGGUCGGAUUACACCCAUCUUCGAACUUAACCUUCUUAUGGUGCCAAGAAAUACGUCUACUAAGUAUCAUCAAGAUAUAAUAUCUAAAUUUUUACUAAAGUUUUUUUUUAAUAUACUUGUUUUCCACCGCUGAAACCCACCUAACCCCUUAAGCACACGUGCCGCUUUAAAAUCAUAAAAAGAUUCCUUAUUAAAAUUAAAUCUAAUAAAAUUAUUUUAUUGAAAGCGCGUACUUUAUUGGCAGUCAUAUUUUCAUUUAUAAAUCAUGCAUACAUUAAAAA